AUGGCGACAACUCGCUUUGUGCUAAUUUCGGACACCUACGGCUACCACCCAGCCCUCCCCAAAGGCGAUGUUCUCUGCCAUGCUAGAGGCUUGUCAAACACUGGGAGUAUUUCUGAACUGCGCAAAGCCCUGGAUUGGAUAGACAAAGCAGAUUUCGAAGUCAAGAUCAUCAUUGCAGGAAGCAAGGAUAUUACACUUGACGAAAAGUACUACCAAAAACACAGACGCGAUUCCGAUAAAGAGUUUCAUGACCCAGCCGAGUGCAUUCGCCUAGUGGCUACGUAUCCCAACAUAAAGUACCUACAUCAUCAAGCAACCACGAUUCAUCUCAAGUCCGGACCAAAGACAACUUUCAAGAUAUUCGGCAGCCCGUUGGUACCCGAUCACUCUGAAAGGGCAUUUGGCUACAAUCGCAGCGAUGAUACCACAAUCGAACGACACUGGUCAAAUAUCCCACUUGAUGUCGACGUGGUUCUCACUCAUACACCAGCCUACAACCAUCGCGACGCGAGUACCAAGUGGCAGGCCGCAGGCUGUGAAGGAUUGCGAAAGGCAUUGUGGCAGGUAAGACCGCGGAUAGCGGUUUGUGGUCGUAUAGCUGAGGCCAGGGGUGCCGAGACAGUCGAAUGGAACCUGGACCUUCCUCUUUCGCCAUUCCUGGAGAAACAAACGAUACAGUGGACGGAUCCGGGCGCCAAUCGCAUGGCGAUGAGCCUAGUGGAUCUUACAAGAGCGAGUGGCAAUCCACUACAUAACGACGGAGCACCCGGACCGCGAGCGCAUGGGAGUGAUGUUUUCUUUUCUCCUGCAGAACGAGCGAAGCCGACUGCACCAUCGCGAGUGUUUGAAGAUUACGACGAAGCUCCGUCAAGCGGAGUAACAACGGUAUCGUCUUUCAGCGAUAUGACAGCUCAUACAGUCGUGCCCCAAGACUUUUGGAACGCUGCAAAUACCGCUUACCCAUCUGAACCAAUCUUGGACCCCCAACCUGUUGUGUCAAGGCUUCAUCAUCGCAAUGCAGCCGCCCUGAAUGGUCGAUCUGGUAGGCAGGAAACACUGAUUGUGAAUGCAAGCAUUGUAAUCACCAACAAUCUCAAUCGUCUCACAUACAACCAGCCUAUUGUGGUGGAUAUUGAGCUACCGGUUGGAAAUGAAGCUGUGUAG